AUGCCGUCAAACGCCCAUCUAUUUCAAUGUCUCAUCGGCAUCCAGUGUCAAGAUUUCAGUAUUGUGGCCGCUGACCAGAUGAAUACACAAAGCGUUUUAGUUUUGAAAAACGACGAACAAAAACUGAUACCAAUAGCUGACAACAUACUCAUGGGGGUGAACGGUGAGAUGGGCGACAUAGUUCAGUUCACGCAGUUCGUGGAGAAGAAUGUUCAGCUGUACAAAAUGAGGAACAUGUACGGAUUGGACACGGCAGCCACGGUGCAUUUCACCAGGACGAAUUUGAUGGAGUAUUUGAAGAGCGGAAACCCCUACAUAAUAAACAUGUUGAUCGCCGGUUUCGACCCUGGCCUUGGUGGUCAGUUAUACACCAUGGACUUCAUGGCCGCCUCCGUGAGGGUCCCCUUCGCCACCCACGGCUUCGGAGGCAUCCUCUGUAUGGGCAUCUUGGAUAGAUUUUAUAAACCCACAUUAUCAGAACCAGAAGCUUACGAGGUGAUCAAGACGUGCAUAUCCGAGAUCCAGCAGAGGCUGUUCCUGAACUUGCCCAACUUCCAGGUCAAGGUGGUCAGCAAGGACGGCAUCAAGGAACUGCCAAAAAUAACUCCGGCGACGUUCAUCGGAACUAGGGCUUAG